AUGUGACUCCAGACGCUAUAAAACAGUAUCUGCAAAACAAGCCAAUGAACUGGAGCAGAAAUCUGCAGCAGCAUCAUGAGUAACACUUGGAAGGAUUCCUGGAAACCAAAACUUGACCAGCUUCAAUGUCACUUCACGUGGACUCCACAAAAAGAAAACAUCGACUUGGAUGAUAUGAAGCACAGAUUAGAAGAUUUAAUAGAGGCUGGUGUGAAAUGUCAAGCCAUGUCUUACAACCAUCUCGCUUUUAUACACUGCCUGUUAGGAAACUGUGAAGAGGCAAUUCAGAAUUUAAAGGAAGCUGAAAGGAUUCUGAGGGAGAGACAUGAAGAUGGAUUUGAGAAGAGAAUCUUGGUCACCUAUGGAAACUAUGCCUGGGUUUAUUAUCACAUGGACCGACUGGAGGAGGCUCAGUCCUACCUCGACAAGCUGGAGACAGUCUGUAAACUAUUUCCUGAAGCCUCUCGGUUUACAGCAAUGAUACCUGAGGUUUACGGGGAGAAGGGCUGGUCACUGUUGAUGUCAAGCAGGAAGUAUUAUGAGGAAUCAAAGGAAUGUUUUAAAAAGGCUCUUGAGGAAGAUCCUGAUAACACGGAAUGGAUUGUCGGCUAUGCCACUGUUCUAUCUCGUCUGGAAGUGUUUUCUGGUACCACAGCGCAUCAUCAGCCCAGAGAAUCAGUGAAGUGGUUUAGACGUGUGCUGGAGCUGGAUCCUGAUGACUCGGUAUCCAUGGUGCUGUUGGCUCUCAAACUUCAGGAGCUCAAACAAAAGGAGGAAGCAUGCGCAUUAGUGGAACGAGCUUUGCAGAAGUCCCCUGAUCUUCUGUAUGUGCUUCGAUAUGCAGCCAAAUUUCUGAGGAGAGAAGGAGAUUUGGAAAGGUCUUUGGAGCUGUUGAUAAAAGGAUUGAAAAUUGCUCCAGAGUCUGCCUUCUUACAUCACCAAGCAGGACUGUGUUACAAAACCAAACUAAUGCCACUGAUCAAAAACCCACACCACAAGAAGCUUCCCAAUCUUAGUUCACAACAGAUCACCAAAUUGAUCAAUCAGUGCAAGCAUCACUUCAAAAAGGCAAUUGAGAAUCGCCCUUUAACAUUUGUAAUUGCAAAGUUGGAUUAUGCAGUAAUAUGCUCAUUAAAUAAAGAAUAUCUCAAAGCAGAAGAGAUCUUCAGCAACCUACUGAAGUUCGAGCAGAUACACCCUAAUGAUAAACAAUCAGUAUACUUACAGGCUGGGUUAUUUGAAAUGCAUCACAAAAGAUCAGAAUCAAAUGCCAUUGCUCAUUUUCUGGAAGGACUUAAAUUCAAACGUGACUCAUUGGAAUGGGAAUUAUGUCACAAAAACUUGAUCAAGAUUGCAACCAGACAAAUUGAUAGGAAUCAAACAGAUAGCAAGGCCUUUGGUAUCCUUGGACGUGUACACCAGCUUACUGGGGAGAAGCGUGACGCUAUUGAAUGCUUUGAAAAGGCCUUACAAAUUGAUUGUGACAAUGAAGAAUAUAUAAGUGCUCUUUUGGAACUCCGGCUUUCCCUUCAGGCUUAAAAUGAUACAUCAAACUAAAGUUGAAUAUAUUUCAU